UUCCUGAAGUCGUUCAAACAGCAGGAGGCGCUUAUGGCAUUCGUCAGACAGGAAAACAAUAACAGAAGAAGAAGACACCCCCGCCCCCAUCGCGUGAACAGCGCCCCCUGGUGCCCGUUAGCCAUAGCUAAAAUGGAGAGGAGAUUAAAUCAAUGGGAUGAGUCAAAGUGGAAAUAAAACAGGAUUUCAGACCCAGUAAUGUUUUGGCGGGACGGUGGAGCUUCCCAGCGGCAAUAAUGGAGGAUGCAGAGCCAGAGCUUUCUUCCACCUCGUCCGACCUGAACAGCCCCUCUGUCUCCCUCUCCUCCUCCCCCUCCCUGUCCCUCCCCUCCACCCCAUCCUCAUCCUGCGGUGCCCCCCAGGCUGUCACCCCUCCGCUGGGUGUGAUCUCUGAGGGUGUGGGGGAGUUGAGCCUGAUGAUCAAUGCAGAGGUGGCCCAGCGGGCUUGUCAGGAGGUGCUGCAGAAGGUGAAGCUGCAGCAGGUGGAAGGUGACGUCGGGCCAGACCCCGAGACCCCUACGUCCCACUCUGCUCUGACUCCUGUGGUAAAACCACUGAAGAUCCGGGGGGAAGACAAUGACCCCGAGUACCCUGCUCCCGGCUCGGUGAAGAGCGCCCGCCGGCGACAGAGGCACAAUCCCUCCAAACAGUCGUGGCUGCUCCGACUCUUUGAAUCUAAGCUGUUUGACAUUUCCAUGGCAAUUUCCUACCUGCACAACUCAAAGGAGCCUGGUGUCCAGGCGUACAUUGGGAACCGUCUCUUCAGCUUCCCACACGAGGAGGUGGACUUCUACCUGCCCCAGCUGCUCAACAUGUACAUCCACAUGGACGAGGACGUGGGAGAUGCCAUUAAGCCAUACGUGGUCCACCGCUGCAGACAGAGCAUCUCCUUCAGCCUGCGGUGUGCUUGGUUGUUGGGAGCUUACUCCUCUGACAUGCACAUCUCCACCCAGCGUCACUCUCGAGGAACCAAACUGAGAAAACUAAUCCUGUCAGAUGAACUCAAACCUGCAGGGACUCGAGCUCGCCGGGACCUUCUGGCUCUGACUCCUUUCUGUCCCAUAACGUCCUCUUCCUCUGGCCCUGGGCCCAUAGGUGGAGACCAUGGCUUGUCUCCAUCCAAACGAACGCAUCAACGCUCCAAAUCUGACGCCACAGUCAGCAUCAGUCUGAGCAGCAAUCUGAAGAGAACAGCCAGUAACCCGAAGGUGGAGAGUAGCCAGGAUGAGGACAGCAGCUCCAGCUCGGACAGUUUGGAGUUUGAGACUGGUCCCCCGGUGCGUCUGACUCCUCAGCGGGAGUUCAUCAAGUCUCUGAUGGGCAUCGGGAAGCGCCUGGCCACGCUGCCCACCAAAGAGCAGAAGACUCAGCGGCUGAUCUCAGAGCUGUCGUUGCUCAACCACAAACUCCCGGCUCGGGUCUGGCUUCCCACCGCCGCCUUCGACCACCACGUGGUCCGGGUGCCGCACACGCAGGCUGUGGUGUUGAACUCCAAGGACAAGGCUCCAUACCUGAUCUACGUGGAGGUUCUAGAGUGUGAGAACUUUGAGACGUCCAGUGUUCCGAUCCGCAUCCCAGAGAACCGAAUCAGGAGCACGCGCUCUGUGGAGAACCUGCCGGACUGUGGCAUCACCGCAGAGCAGAGAGCUGGAAGUUUCUGCAUGGUCCCAAACUACGACAAUGACGACGAGGCCUGGUCUGUGGACGACAUUGGAGAUCUGCAGGUGGAGCUCCCAGAAGUCCACACCAACAGCUGUGACAACAUCAGCCAGUUCUCUGUGGACAGCAUCACCAGCCUGGAGAGUAAAGAGCCUGUGUUCAUCGCUGCCGGAGACAUCAGGCGCCGCCUGUCAGAGCAGCUUGCUCAGGCACCCACCACCUUUAAACGCGACCCAGAGGACCCGUCGGCAGUGGCCCUGAAGGAGCCCUGGGAGGAGAAGGUCCGGAGGAUCAGGGAAGGAUCUCCAUACGGUCACCUCCCCACCUGGCGGCUGCUGUCUGUCAUUGUUAAAUGUGGAGACGACCUGAGGCAGGAGCUGCUCGCCUUCCAGGUGCUGCAGCAGCUCAAGUCCAUCUGGGAGCAGGAGCGUGUGCCCCUCUGGAUAAAACCCUAUAAGAUCCUGGUGCUGUCGUCGGACAGCGGGAUGAUUGAGCCUGUGGUGAACGCCGUAUCGCUCCACCAGGUGAAGAAGCAGAGCCAGCUGUCUCUGCUGGACUACUUCCUGCAGGAGCACGGAGCUCCCACCACAGAGGCCUUCCUCUGCGCUCAGAGGAGCUUUGUCCAGAGCUGUGCUGGCUACAGCCUCAUCUGUUACCUGCUGCAGGUCAAGGACAGGCACAACGGGAACAUCCUGCUGGACGCCGACGGUCACAUCAUCCACAUUGACUUUGGCUUCAUUCUCUCCAGUUCUCCUAAGAACCUCGGCUUCGAAACGUCCGCCUUCAAACUCACCAGCGAGUUCGUAGAUGUGAUGGGCGGUCCAGACGGUGACAUGUUUAACUACUAUAAGAUGCUGAUGCUUCAGGGGCUGAUUGCAGCCAGGAAGCACAUGGACAGAGUCCUGCAGAUAGUGGAGAUCAUGCAGCAGGGUAACCGACACUCACAUGCACGCACACACACACUCACACACACACUUAGUCACACACCAAGACUUCAUCUCCCGUUCUGUUUGUGUCCAGGCUCGCAGCUGCCUUGUUUCCAUGGCUCCAGCACCAUGCGAGCACUGAAGGAGCGUUUCCACAUGAGUCUGACUGAGGAGCAGCUGCAGCUGUUGAUCGAUCAGCUGGUUGACGGAUCUAUGAGAUCUCUGACCACCAAACUGUAUGACGGCUUCCAGUACCUGACCAAUGGCAUCAUGUGACGUGUGUGUGACUGACGAAACUCCAGGUUUACUCCUUUGUCGUUCUUCCAUCGGCCGAGACUCCUGUUGAUUCCAUGUUUGUUGUUUUUCCAUGUGGCUGCUCUGUCGGACUCUCAGCCAAUCAUAGAGCAGCCGUUUUAGAUGUGAACACUCAGCAAAUGAGGAGUUUUACUCUUUAAAGGACCAUAGCAUCAUUUUCUGUGUUUUAGCCCUUUAACUGCACAGUGACCCAUUAAAACCAGCUGGUGUCGUCCUGAACUUGUUUCUGUUUCAUUUUAAAGACUCUCUGAAGAUGAUUGUGAUUGUAAAUUGUUUUACUGCCACAUCAAUACAUUCUUGCUCUUUUAAAAUCAUCAUGACACAUCUGCACAAUAUGAAGCAGAAUGUUUCUCCAGCAGCUGUGUCCUUGAGUAAAACACUAGGCCAGCUCCCAGCCCACUGCUGCCCAGGACGGGUGCAACCGCUCUGACAAAUGUCAAUAAAGACUCUGUCAUUAUCCCAAGGUUUUAGAGUCGGAGCUACAAACAGCUGGUUCCAGGCCCGUGUUUCCGUCAUGCUUUCGCUUUUACUAACCGUGUGUCAGUGAGACCGAGGAGCUAAUACACAUAUGAGCAUGGUUCUGGACUAAGGGCAAACGAGCACAGGACCUAAAGCUUAAUACAAGAAAUCAAUGUUAUGCAGAGACCAGUUUUCUUGUCCAAAGGCUGAGUUAUAGACAUGUCAUUUAUUCUUUCAUUUUCUGUGUUUGAACAUUUGAUGUUUUUUCUAUUGUGAAUAAAAUCUUGGUUUGUGUGA